UCGCGCCGACGCUCCUGCUUCUUCAACCAGCAAGCAACCUGCAAGUGAAAUAAUGGAUGAUAAGCAAGUCCAAAAGGCUGUGUGGGAUACCGAUGCGGCAAGGAUUUUUUGUGAGAUUGCUUGCAAAGAGGCCAACGAGGGCUAUAGGCCUACCAAGACUUUGAGCGUUACGGGUUAUAAAAAUUUAAGUGAAGAGUUCCAUAAGCAAACUGGAAGGCUGUAUACCCAUAAGCAAUUCAAAAACCGUUGGGAUGAAUUGAAAAGCAUCUGGACAGCAUGGGUGUAUUACAUGACAAAGGCUACUGGACUUGGAUGGGAUCCUGUUAAGAACACUAUAACAGCUAGUGAAGAGCAGUGGGCUGACCUGAUUAAGGUCCAUAAGGAUAUUAGACGUUUUCGAAAAGGUCCCCCGGACAACUUGGAAUGGCUAGAGAAAAUGUUCCAAAAGGCUAGUGUGAUCGGCAAUUCUUCGGUGAUGCCCGGAGCUGAAGAAGAUGACAUUGCAGAACGCAAAGACGUUGAUGGUAUUGUUGACUUGGAGGCUGAUGAUGAAGGAACCCCUCAACCUAGUCCUCUGCCUAUGCCAAAAAUGAAGCGUGGGGGGGCAAGUGCCAUACCUUGCAGUCCAAAGAGGCCCAAGAAAGAUCCUUAUGGAAAGGAUUUCAAAAGAUUUGUUGAUCAUGUCAUUAGUGAGGAGAAAUCAGAGGCAUCUAGCAAUGUGUCGGUUGCAAAUGAUAUUGAUGCCAUCAUGGAGGAAGUUGUCAAGUGUGGGGCACCUGAAACCAGUGAUGAGUACUAUAUUGCAACAAAGUUGUUUGGUAAACUUGAAAAUAGGUGUUUCUUCUAUGCUAUGAAAACUAGUAAGGGGAGGCUCCAGUGGUUGAAGAGGCAGUACGCGGACAGGAAGAGGCAUUAGAAAUUCAUUCACUUGUGUGUUGUAUCCUUCAAUUUAGUUCAGACUUGUGUGUGCUGCUAGUGUUUCGUACUAUUGUGUGUGACC